CCCAUCCAGCCUCCAGAGAACGUAUCUUCCAACAUGUUCAUCUUAUUUGUAUCAGCUCUCUUGGGAACAGCCGUUCAGGCGCGCUACUAUGAUCGAAUCAUUGGGGGCACAGAAUGUCGCCCUAACUCCCAACCGUGGCACUGUUCCCUUUAUUACUUUGACCAACAUGUAUGCGGUGGAGUCCUAAUAGAUGAGAACUGGGUUCUGACUGCAGCCCACUGCCAGUUAUCGAGUCUUCAGGUUCGUCUCGGGGAGCAUAACCUGGCUGUUUACGAGGGAAAGGAGCAGUUCUCAUAUGCUGAAAAAAUGUGCCCUCAUAGUGGCUUUAAUCCAAUAACAUUUGACAAUGACAUUAUGCUGCUUAAGCUGGUCUCACCAGUCACAAUCAAUGACUACGUCCAGACUAUUCCCUUGGGCUGCCCAACUGUGGGUGAUGGAGAGACCUGCCUUGUCUCUGGCUGGGGAACUACCACAAGUCCUGAAGAAACCUUUCCUGAUGAACUACAAUGUGUGGAAGUACAGACUGUUUCCCAGGAUUAUUGCCAAGGGGCAUUCCCAACGGAUGAGAUUACUGACAACAUGCUGUGCGCUGGGGUCAUGGAAGGAGGAAAGGAUUCAUGUCAGGGCGACUCUGGAGGACCAUUGGUGUGCAACUCUAUGGUUCACGGCAUAACAUCUUGGGGAAAUACCCCAUGUGGGGUUGCCAACAAACCAGGGAUAUAUACAAAAAUCUGCAACUACAUAGCCUGGAUCCAAGACACAAUAGCGGCGGGAGACUGCUGAUCCCAACCGACUGUAUUCUGUGCCCAGAUUAAUGCCCCCCCCCAUCUGCCAAGUUUUAAAUUAAGAAUUAUUUCACCCCUUAUUUUCUGGAGAAACCAAAAAUUUGCGAAAUUCUGCAUUUCCCCAUUUUUUCACGAAACGGCUGCAAAAAUUUGCCCCAACAAAAAUUUGUCAAGA